AUGGAUAUAGCCUCUUCUCAGACAGACUGGAAUUCAAAUGAUGAAUUCUUUAAAUUCACGCGUGGCCGCUUUAUUGUCAAUGAGGCAGAGAACCUUCAAAAGAGAGAGAUUAGAUUUGACUUAAACAGCCUCGCAAGAGUCGCUGCAGACUCUAUUGGAGCUGGCCGAUGCAUUGCUAUCAAGAAGUACCCUGAUGGCAUGUUCAACAAAGCAUAUCUCAUGUGUAUGGAUGAUGGCCAAGAAGUUAUAGCCAAGGUUCCCAACCUAAAUGCUGGCGUCCCACACUUUACUACUGCCAGUGAAGCUAGGAAAAUUCUUGACACACCAGCACCUCAUGUAUACACAUGGAACUCGCAAGCCAAAUUACACCCUGUUGGGGCUGAAUUUAUUAUCAUGGAUAAAAUUAAAGGUGUUCCACUAUCCCAAGUCUGGAGCACAAUGAAAUUACUACAGAAGCUUCAAGUACUUCUUGCCAUGACACACCUCCAGAAGCAAUGGCUAAGCAUUACAUUCUCACAUUAUGGCAGCUUGUAUUACACGGAAGACGUCCGGCCACCAGCAGGCAAUCACUUCAUCAAGGAUGGCAAGGUUGUGAAAGAUUCAGAGUUUGCCAUUGGCCCGGCUACAGGCAGGGAUUGGUGUGAUGCAGGCCGAUCAAACUUGGACGUUGAGAAGGGGCCAUGGGUUUCUCUAACGCAGCAUCUGCAAGCAGUCGGGGCGCGAGAGGUGAAGGCAACCCAGUCUCUAGAACCUCCGAAGCCGAUUGCCUUGUUCUGUGGCCCAAAGCUGUACCGACCAGACACAGAAAAGAAAAUUACUGCUUUAGCAUGGUACCGACAAGUCGUCGGUGCUCUUAUCCCAAAGGAUACAGCUAUCACCAGACCCUGCCUCUGGCAUAAUGAUUUGCAUGAUGACAACGUCUUCGUAGACCCAGAUAAUCCCGCAAAGAUUACAGGCAUUAUCGACUGGCAGUCUUGUCACAUCUCACCCCUGUUCAACCACAAUCCCGAUCCAGCCUUCCUCAGUUGGGAUGGCCUUGAGCCUGAAAUGCUCGAUCUGGCACCACAGCCGAAACUCUCUGGACUUUCGCCUGAAGAACGGUCUGCGGCUGUACAUGAGUAUACCCUUCAAAAUGUGUUCAUUGGAUGGCGAAAACUCAUGCAUGCAAAAAACCCAGACCUAUAUAGAGUAGUCGAAUUUCGAAGGACGGCAGCAUAUGGGCUGAUAUUUCUUGCUCACCGAAUGUUUGAAUACGGCGAGGCGCACUUCCAAUCGCUUCUGGUCGAUCUGAAAGACACAUGGACGGACUUACCUGCCAUCUCCAGUGACACCCCAUUUCCGUUCGACUUUUCGGAAGCAGAUUUCAAGCGUAUCAAACUGGAUAGCAAUGGUGCAGUGGCAGGAACCGACCUUGUUGCGGAGGUCAAGGAGAGAAUGGGCGAUUUGUGGCCGGACAAGGGCUUCAUCGAGCACGAGCGAUAUGAUGAUUGCAAAGCUGCCCUCCACGAAGUCAAAGGCCUGAUAUUGGAGCAAUUAGCUGAAAAUGGCCAGGAAAAGGCUGAGUACGAGCGCUACUGGCCAUUUGAAUGA